UAGAAGCGUCUCUUUUUGUUCCGAUUUUGUAGAUUUAUAUUUUUGUUCUUUUAAAAAGCUUUCGAUAUGUCUGGACGUGGGAAAGGUAGUAAAGUGAAGGGGAAAGCAAAGUCACGAUCAAAUAGAGCUGGAUUACAAUUUCCAGUUGGCCGUAUUCAUCGUCUUUUAAGAAAAGGUAAUUAUGCCGAACGUGUUGGAGCUGGAGCUCCAGUUUAUUUAGCGGCAGUAAUGGAAUAUCUAGCUGCUGAAGUUCUCGAGUUGGCUGGAAAUGCUGCUCGUGAUAACAAAAAGACAAGAAUUAUUCCAAGACAUUUGCAAUUAGCGAUUCGAAAUGACGAAGAAUUGAAUAAACUCUUGUCUGGCGUGACUAUUGCUCAAGGUGGCGUCUUGCCAAACAUACAGGCUGUACUGCUCCCAAAGAAGACAGAAAAAAAGACAUAAUUAAAAAUCUAUAGAGAAAAUUGGUCCUUUUCAGGACCGCC